AUGGCUCAGCAGGGUUCUUUUAUACAUGGAGUCUUACAUGACAACGACAAGCCCUCGGUUGAAGUUGAAGCUCUAAGGGGGCACCCGGAUGUUCUGCCUCAAGCUUAUGACUUGAAGAUGAGAGCGGUUGCUUAUUGGAAGAUUGUCUUGCGAAGCAUUGAGAGGCUGUUGGAGGAGUCGCCAGCGAUAGCAGGGAAGCGUGACAAGAAAAGUUUAGGGGGAGGGGAGGCUAUCCCAUCCAUAGCCAAGUGUCACGGGUCGCACAUAGACAAGUGCUACCGUGACUCCGUUGGGACAUCUAUGCGCUUAAGAGGUAGUUUAAGUGUGGAAGGGCGAGCGCUUAAGAGGUUACAGGAGGAACCCGAAGAAGCUAAGAAUACCGAAAUGUUUGUGAUGUCGAGACGCAGGAAACGCAACUGA